CUUGACAUUCUUCAUAAAUAACAAUGUGCCGCUACUUCGUAGUACUCCAGUGUUACAUUUAGGCGAUUGCAGUUUGUUAGGUCCUGAAUAAGCACAGGAUUUGGAAGCAUCUAGUCGGGAGAUUAACCUUGUCUUAAUCUCAACUAUCUUAUUUGGUUUCACAUUACGCUAGUGUAGAUACACAAGCACAGACCCUCCUACUCUGGUCACAAUACGUUCUACUUUAGUUCGUGACUGAAUGUUUAUCAACCAAACCACCUGAUCUCUUUUUACGUUAUUAAUAAUGCAGCUUAUUUGAAUCGCCCAAAGUUCGUUUUUCUCCCUUUUUUGGGGAUGUAUUAGCAUGUCUCCGUGUUUUCCGUUUGUAAGACGUAAGCAAAAUAGUAACAAAGAAAUAUUUCUUGUUAUCCUGGGAUUAGAUAAUUCUGGAAAAACAACAAUAUCUCUCAGCAUAAAGGGUGUCUCCAGUGACUUAGUUACUCCAACUAUUGGCUUUGAUCGUAUUGAAUUUGCUAUCGAUAGCUUUUAUAUCAACCUUUAUGAUUUGGGUGGUGGUCGUACAAUACGUGAUAUUUGGGAAACAUAUUUUGCUGAAGUCUAUGGUGUUAUAUUCGUGAUUGAUUCAAGUACACCAGAGAGAUUAGAAGAAUGUCACGAAGUAUUAGUUAAUGUUCUUUCUCAUCCUUGUAUAUCCGGUAAGCCGAUUCUUUUACUAGCAAACAAGAGAGAUAUUAAAGGUGCGUUAGAUGAGUCGGAGCUGAUAGCAGCACUCCAGCUGGAUGAUCUCGUCAAUGAAUAUAAAUGCCCUUGUCGCCUGGAGCAUUGUUGUGCUUUGUUACUGCCUAAUCAAAAGUUGGAUAAAGCGAUUCGUGACGGCUUGAAAUGGCUUCUUGCUUAUAUUCAGUCAGAUUUGAUAAACAUUCAAUCACGGGUUGAUGCUGAUGUUGAUAGACAAACAAGACAACAAGCAGAAGAACGCGCGGCUAGAAAAGAAAGAGUUCGAUUGGCUAGAGAGGAGAGAGAACGUUUGGGAAGACUAUGCAAUCAACACAGCAACAAUACGUUCACAGGAGAUAUCCUAGACGAUUUAGGUGAAAAUCCAAAUGAAAUAAUCAACCAACAAUUAACAGUAAAAACGGAUAAUACAUGUACGAUUUCCAAUAUUUUUGAAAAUAACUUGUGUAGUGACAGUCCUAAAUAUGAAGAAUCUACUAAUUUACCAGAACUUAACCAAUGUAAUUAUAUUAAAUCUAUGCAGAUCAAUCCAUUAGCAUCUGAUGAGAAAAAUCAUUCUUUGGCCUGUUCACAGCUGAAUUCACGUGAUCUAUUACAUCAAAUAAAGUUAGCUUGUAGUAUUGAUCUGGAAUUCCAAUAUGAAAAAUUGAGUUUGGAUAGCUACCAUGGUUUUGAGAAAGAGGGCUUAUUCAUUGAUUUAGAAAAAGAGCUGCAUAUUAGUGUUGAUGAUUCGAAAGAAAAUAAUAAUACUCGUACUAUAGUUGAAAAAAAUGAUGAAGUAUCAAGAGAGUUUUCAUUGUCUCCUUCGGUGUCCAAUGGUCAAAAGAAAGACGUGAAAUUACAACCUGAAGUCACGGAAAUGGAUAUGUCGAAAACCAAACUCCAGUGUGAUAAAGAUUAUUCGAUUCCUCAAACAGCGAAUGGUAGUGCUCGUUGUGUUAAUAGGACACCAACUGUUAUCCAUUCGUUAUAUGAGAAAAAUAGUUCUUCAGUUAAAAAAUCUGUUCACCAAUUCUAUGUAUAGCGAAGUUUUGUUUUGAAUGGUGUUUUACGAGAACCAUAGAUGAAUGAAGCAUAUACAGCUGCGAAUAAGAUUUUUACGGAGUUGAGAAUGAUUCACAUUUCUGGUGACCUUUUGUCAGUGAUCUCAUGAAAAUUACCAUGCGAUCAUUCAUUAUUUAAACAUUUUCCCAUGUAUUUUUGACAACUCAAAUUUUCUAGUCGUUUAAUGUUCGAACAAAUUUGUUUGAGAAAGUUGAUCAGAGAGACAAAAAUUCCAGUCUAUCCGAAACUGGGACAUUAUCAAAAUUAACUAAAGGACCUUCAUCACUGGCACGCAUUUUUGUGUCGAAUUUCAAUAAACUACAUCCAAUCACAGAUCAGAAACCAGAAGGCUCAAUGUCAUCUAUAUCUCAAUUUUUUACAUCGGAAGCCAGAAAUAAUUCAAACAAAUUCUAUAAAACCUCUGUUUCUAAUUCUAAUCUAAAAUCGUCAAACUGAGUGUACGAAGGUAUAUGUAACUGUUUUUAUUAAUUAGGACACAAACAUCGCUUAUGUCACUUAUCCUUAUUCAACUAUUUAUAAAAUAAUUUUCCUUCUCGACGUGAUUUAUUAUCAGUAGAGAAGUGUGUUCAGUGUUUGAAAUCCACAUUUUAAUAAAAUGGAAUGCAAAAGCAUUUG